AAUAUCUAAAAUAUCUAUAUAUUUGAUUUCUUAUAGUCAUAUAUACUAGCAGUAAGAUUAAAUCUAAAAACCUAUUGCAGAUUUGAAGUAAAUGUUAUAAUAAACAUUAAGAUUAAUCACAAAACAAAAAUUCAAUUUUUUUUUGUAAGAGUUAUGCUUCUGUAUAAGAACAUACAUCAAUUAGUUAAAUUCCCGUACUUAGAAUUUUGUUUAGAAUAAAGCAAUGAAAUAAAAUAGGUUAAAUAUGAGUCAAAACUGUACAACAUUUAUUAAUGUCCAUUUCAGAGUUAAAUGGCCGUGGGCAUUUUUUGAAUAACUUUUGAUAGGAACGAGAUAGAAAUCUCCAAUUUUCACCGUUGGAAAGAACAGAUGAAGUCGCAUCGAACUAUAAAGAUUUUUUUAAACUAUUUUCCUAUAGGUUUAGUCAAAAGUUUUCAAAGAAUUGCUUUUUUCUCAUAUGUUAAAAAAUUGGCUUUUCUAUCAAAAUACGACAAAAAUUUACAUUUUUCGAUUAUUUUGUUGAAAAAAAAUGAGGUGGUAAAUUGUGUUCCGAUGGUUUACAUAUCAUACUGGUAGUAGUUAGGAACAGCGUCUUGAUAUAGUUUUGUAGCUCUUCCUUUGGCCAUUCUAGAGCACUCUUGAAAAUCAACAAGUUGAUAUCAUGACCAUGAGAAGCAUCCUGUUUUUUCUUGAAGUUUUAUAUAAAACCUAUAGGAAAGUAGUUAGAAAAAUCUUUCUAUAUAUAUAAUUCGAUGCGUCUUCAUCUGCUCUUUCCAACGGUGAAAACCGGAGAUCUCUAACUCGUUCCUAUCAAAAGUUAUUCAAAAAAUGCUCACGUCCAUUUAACUCUGAAAUGGACAUUAGUUACAUGUAAUAAUAAUAAUGUCGUAGUUGAUGGUUUCUUCUAUUGUAUACUUUUUAUUGUUGUUUAUCGAAUAACAAAGAAGAUAUAUCUUUAGUAAAAACUAUCGUAUAUCGAACUUCUCAAUUAUUAUUAUAAUUAGUUGUACGGAUUCGUCUGAGGUUAAACAAUAAGAUCGAAUGAGACAGCUAUUACUUAAGUUCAUUUACUAACGAAAGAAAUCCUUCAAUGAAUUAAACACUAAAUAUAUCCCAACUAUAGUUUUGGUGAUGGACAUAAGAAGAGAAGAAAAAAAAAAUUCUCGGUUAGAAUUAAAGAUCAUUAUUAAACGGAGAAUGUUAUAUUCUUACGGUAGGCUUGUAAUUCAAUAUCGUAGUUCCCUUUUUCCUGUUAAGUUACUUCUAAUUUUAGCAAUUCUUUUUUUUUUAAAUGUAAAUUUAUCAUUCCUAGAAAAAAAUUGAUAUUUGAUAUCAAGAUUAUAGUAAAAAAUUCACUAUAGAAGAUCUUUGCUUCAUUCUUAUUAUCUUCUAAUGAUACUAAAAUACUGAUAAAUAUAUGUUGACUUGUAUACUUUUGAGAUAAAACAUUCACUUUUAUUCUUAGAUAUAUUCUAACAAAUAUAAUAAUAUUAAUUUAUCAUUUCUUAAAUAUGAGAAAGACUAAUUUUUUUUUUUUUUGUAUUUUGAAACUUUUCAUAGAGAAUAGAAAUAAUUAAUUAAUUCAAUUCUAUAUUUUAUUAGAAGCUGAAGAAUUAUCAAAAAAAUUUAUGGAACAAAAUAUUGAAUUACAACAUGAAAUUGAAACAUUUCGUUCUAAACUUGAUUAUAUUGUAACAUAUAUUAAUCAAAAAUUGGAUCAACAAAAAACAACAACAACAACAUUAUCAUCUUUAUCUAUACAUCAAUUAGUAUUUGAAACUAUGCAACAAGAAGAAAAUGAUCUUUUAAAAUAUUUAGUAUGUAUUAUUAAAAUUUAA